AUGGGACACCUGUCACCGGGCCGGGUGGGGGCCGCGGGCGGCACUGCGGCGGCGGGGAGCGGGACGGGCGAGCCGCGGAGCCGCACCGCCUGCCUCGGGCUCGGGAGCACACGCUCGGGGGCUGGGGAGGCAGUGCCACCGCCCGGGUGGUGUCUCCGCGGGGACCCGGAGCCGAACGAGCCGGGCAGCGGGGCUGAGGGACGGAGGAGGACGCCGCGCCUACCUGCUCCGGGCGGCAGCGGCUCGCGGGCCGUGACCUGCGGCGGCGGCGGCGGCGGCGGUGGCGCGGUGGUGGCAGCGGCGGCAGUCGCGGCGGGGAGGGCGCUUCCUUCAGGAAGAGAUGCAAUGAAGCUGUCUAGCUCAAGCUCCUGCUCCUGCUGUCACAACUCCUCAGGAGUAGGAAAUCACUCUCCCAGGGGCACACCCUGGGUUUUGCAGGCCACAGCUUGCAGUCCGCUUGCCUCAGCUUUCCCAAUAUCUGGGAUCAUAAGCACAUGUCAUAAAUGUGUGCCACCAGGACCGGAUAAGACACAGAUCAAGGCACAGAGUGAAGGGAAUCCCGGUCCUGGCAGUGACAGUCUGGAGCGACAUGUUAAAAUGCUGGAUACAGAGAAGAGCUCGGCACUAAAAGCAGAUUCUAUACUCACGUUUGCAAAUAAGUAA